CCUUCCGCUUUCCUCGCUGCUGCAGCCUCUCGAGUUCUCCCGCCCCAACUCCAGCCGCCAGGGGAGAGCCCAGAGCCCGCCCGGCCCCGCUCCGCCGGGCUCUGAGGGAGGCGCGUUUCACCCGGCGCUUGUUAACCCGUCGCUUGCUGAGGCGAGCGCUGAGCGACACGUGCGUGUAACAAGACGCCGACCGUGCGGAUGACACAGCUGCUUCAUCACAACCCAGCGGCCCUAGCUCUGCCCGGCUGGCGGGUGAGGGGUGUCACCGCAGGGACCUCGCGCUGUGCGUGUGCAGGAAAGCGGCUCCUCCCGUGACAGGCCGGGUGGCGGGUGUCGCUUACGGAGCGGCGGCGCAGCAGGGCGUUACCCGUCCCGCAGAGCCAGUGGGACAGUCCCGCGCAGCCCCUUCCCCCCAGCGCGGACCCGCCAGCUCAGGGGCCGCUCUGCUCCCUGCAUCGGCUGCCCACACACACACCGUGCUGGCCCCGCCUGAGAGGCGCCGGGGGCCGCACCGCGCAUGCUCGACGCGGGCGCCAUUUUGGUGGGGCCGGGAAUUAUCCAGCGGGAGCGGCGGAGCUCGCUGGGCCCGGCUCGGAGGCAGCGGCGUGUGGCUGCCGGCUGCAGAGAUGGCCAACAUCGCGGUGCAGAGGAUCAAGCGGGAGUUCAAGGAGGUGCUGAAGAGCGAGGAGACGAGCAAAAAUCAAAUUAAAGUAGAUCUUGUAGAUGAGAAUUUUACAGAAUUAAGAGGAGAAAUAGCAGGACCUCCGGACACACCAUAUGAAGGAGGGAGGUAUCAAUUAGAAAUAAAAAUUCCAGAAACAUAUCCCUUCAAUCCACCUAAGGUGCGGUUUAUCACCAAAAUAUGGCAUCCUAACAUUAGCUCGGUCACUGGGGCCAUUUGUUUGGAUAUCCUGAAAGAUCAAUGGGCAGCAGCAAUGACUCUGAGGACAGUGUUGUUAUCAUUGCAAGCAUUGCUGGCAGCCGCAGAACCAGAUGAUCCACAAGAUGCAGUAGUGGCAAAUCAGUACAAACAAAACCCAGAAAUGUUCAAACAGACCGCUCGACUUUGGGCACAUGUGUAUGCUGGAGCACCAGUUUCUAGUCCAGAAUACACCAAAAAGAUAGAAAACCUUUGUGCUAUGGGCUUUGAUAGGAAUGCAGUAAUAGUGGCCUUGUCUUCAAAAUCAUGGGAUGUAGAGACUGCAACAGAACUACUUCUGAGUAACUGAGCCAUGUAAAGAGCUGCUUCUGUGUAGUCCAGCUUGCCCUUUCUGAGGAACAUCACCAUCUGUUAUUUUUAGGAUUCUAUAUAGAUUCUCUUUUAAAACUGGCACUCUAGCCUGAUGAUGCUAUCUAGGCACUAUUGGAGACUGAAAAACUGCUCUGUAAAUAAAGCUAAUUAAACGUCUGUGUAAAUUUAAAAGGGGAAAUACUUUAAUUUUUUCUUACUAAAUAUUGUAAAAAUUCUUUGAGCUCAGCUAAAACAACGGGGGGAAAACAUGCCUACUUUAGUGUUUAGCAGUGUGACCAAGACUAGCAGGAAUUUGCUUCAGGAUUUUGAUUUAAUUAUUCAGACAACAUUUUUGAGUGUCAGAGUCAUCAAAAAUUGUUGGUGUCACUCAUGAUAGCUAUCUUACUGUUUUUAACAUGGAUCCUAUGUGCCUGUAGAUUGACCUAUAUUUGCAUGCUUGUACUUUACUAGACAUUUUAGAUAGGGUAGCUGAAGAGUGCACCAUUUAAAUACUUGAAUGACCCUUUUUCCUGAAAGUGUUUCAAGAUUUACCCAAAGUUCAAAAUGGUGACCUGUUCAGAACCUCUUUCUUCUUAGCCAAGUGACUGGGAAAUCUGCCCUCCCCAACAACACACACUUACAAUAUCGUUCUGGAUUUCUUUCCAUAAUCUGUGGGUCUGGGUGCCAUUAACAGUACUUAGUUGCCAGUUUAAAUGGUAUAUUUUGAAUAAUCAGUAAAUGUGUUUAACCAUCAUACUUGCUACACAAUCAUAUAAAGAUUUGGUAUGUUUGGACAUAGCACAAAAAAGUGGAGCGGCUUUUGUUUGUUACAUAAGUCAGAACUCCUUCAAUAAAUUUGGAUAGUAUGAAUUCACUGGAUUUGGGGGAAGAACAACUGAUUCUCUAGUAUAUUGAGAAUUAAAAAAAACUAUUGAAUUUUAUUUUUUUUACUUUGAGUACUUGCUAUGAUGCAAUCAGCUUUUUUUGCAACAGCUUUCUAAUUUUAUUUUGAGCAUCAGUAUAUCGAUUGCUUACCAGGUACUUUAAAAAUCACUCUUGUUUGCAUUUUUCCCUAGUUAAUACAUGGAGGCUGUGUUGGUGUUUUUAUUGUACAUAGUUCAAAUGCACAUAGAAGUAGAAGUGUGUUCUCGGUUUAACUUUCUUUUGGAUUGAUGUUUCUGAUAAACGAGAACUGAAAUUACCUUUGUACAUAGUCAGUCUUUCUAUUCAUAUUAAAAUUACAUUUCAUCUUGAGUUUAAAAGCUUGAAAAUCAUUAGUUUGUAACUUCAAGAUAUUAGUACAUCCAUCUAAAGAAAGUUGUAAUGUCUUCUUGUAUACUUCAGAAAAUACAUCAGACACAAAACUUUCAACUAAAAUAGAAAAGAAAUUAAGAGUAGAGACUGGAAAUUGUGGAUGAUAGUGUAUCAUAAAAGGCUUCUUCCUUAAGCAGUAGUCCAAUAAGUGUGCGUGUGUGUGUGCGGGGGGGGAGGAUAUACAUUCAUUUUGCUCGAACUAUAAAAUGAGCUGUAAUAGUAAUACUUCAGAGAAGAUCACAUUUGUACAUUAUACUGGAAGCAACAGAGAAUAUUAUUAAACUUAAAUUUCUGGAGCAAAGUAGUAGGGGGAACAGAAUUAGAAAAUAGAUGGAAAAGACCUAACUAAUGCAAGAUUGCUCCCCUGCAGUAUUCUAAUGUGCUCAUACUUUAAAAAUACUUGCAGGACACAGACAGUACAUUUUUAACUCAUAUCAGUGCAAUACUAAAAACGGUUGCUAUAGUCUUUCUGUACUUCAUUCUAAGGUUUAUUCAGUGAUCGUUCUUGGAUUUUCUUGCAGUAGUGUAAGUCAUUUUCAGAGAUGCCAAAGGAAACACAUUUUUGGGGAUUUUCCUUGAUAUUUAUUUAUUUUUUAACAAUUAAAAAGCUGCUACUGCUCAACUGGUUUGUUAGGUAAUAGCUAGAAACAGAAAACUAUGGCAAUUUUGCCAUUUGUGUUAAAAUGUCAAGUUAUUGUCUUUUCUGUUAUGUAGUUUAAGAACAUUGUGAUAAUUUCAGUUACAUUUAUUUACCCUGGUGGUACUUGUAAAUGACCAAUUUCUUUCCCUUAUUCUUCGCUGCUAUUUAUCAAAGGAAGGAACUUGGAAAUCCUAGGGGACACUAAAACUUCUUAAUUAUAGCUUCUGGACCCAUCACUUUGACAAUAGGAUUAGUCAAAGUUUUCCAUGCAUAGAAGGGGAUGUAGUUAGGAAGGGGACAUGUGGAGAGAAUGCUUUAUUUGAUCAAUGUCAUCCCUGGAUUUUCUGUUGCCAAGUACUUCAUUUUUUGUGGUAUUGUAAAAACUGUCCUCCCAAUACAGUUCUGUUCAAAUGCAUAUUAGUACAGAUGCCAGUGUGUCCUUUCUUGCCACUCUCCCCUUCUAAGGGCUUAGUAACUAAGGUACUUGUCUCAGUGCUACCUCAGAUGCUGGUAGCAAGGAAGAUUCUCAAGACAUGGAUGGGGGAGAAGUGACCCAAUAUAAAAUGGACAUUCGUAACUUGAGUUCCCUAUGAAUCUUUAGUUUGAGUCCUUUGUAGGGAAUGUUUUUCUAUUCUUGGGUGACUAUCAGAGUUGAAUAUAAGGGUAUGUACCAGAUUAGUCUAACUGCAGCCAGGGCUGAACCAUAGGACUAUCUUGCUGUUAGAUGUUCAAUUGUUUAGUCUUUACAAAGAUACUGUUAAUUGUAGUUCAGAUUUUUUUAACUGAACAUUGCUAUAUUCAGGGCCCUGUGCGUUCAAGACUGUGGAAUUGCUAUACAAUCUUCUGCUGCUGCAGAUUUAGGCAGCACAUUUAAACUUAGUUUAAAAAUAUCUAGGUAUCAUGAGUAGAGAUAGCUUCCAAUUUUAAAUACCUGGUUGUCUUCCUUAGUGUGCAAGCAGACAGCUCAAAACUGUGACUGAACCUUGGAGAGCCCCAUUUAUCUUUAAUAGGUGCUAAUAUUGUAGCUUAAGGACUACCUAAAUGACAGCAAAACAUCAUUACGGAAUAUUAUAGCAGCAGCAUCUAGUUAAUGUGGUAUAUCAAUUGUUCUUGGAUAUUAUUUUUGGUGAAAAGGAAAUUCCAGUCUCUUCUUGUCCCUCACAAAUUUUAAAGUAGUUUCUGACCUUAUUUAGAGGCAAAGAAAGAAGUUGCUUUCCCCAUUGUCAAUAGCUUUAACUCUUUCAUGGGUGCCAAAAGUCCCCCUUUCGUUGCCAAAAACUCCACAACUUCUGACUUCUCAAUAUGACAAACUGAUAUCUCUUGGGAAAUUAAAACAGCCAAAAUAAAAUCAAUAUUAAAAAAGGAUACUAUCGCUGUCACUCCACAUUUAAGUAAAAGGCUGUUUUCUGAUUUACCUGAAUUUGCUACAAACUUCCAGUCCUAGAGUACCAUCCUCAGUUAGGGGCCUUACUGCAGAAUUUAGGUGCAACUUACCACAGAGUACAUAGGGCCUUGACUAGCAUGGGUCAGACAGUAGUAUUUAUUUACAGAAGUAGGUACUAUACAUUUUGUUGAACAAAAAAAUAUUCCUGAUUUCACUGUAUUUAACUUUCAAGUAAAUUAGGAUUGGAACACUGAUGUAUGGAAUAUAGGCAUUUCGUGCUUGAAAUGAGAAAUUAAUUAACCAAAAAGAGACUUAUCUUGAAACAACAGAUCUACAUUAUUUGACGUGGAUAACAAACAAACUAUGCAACAUUAAUCUUCAUAAAAGCAGCUGGAAGACAGGCCGCCUGCUUCAGAGCGUAUAGGCCAAAUAUAUACUGGACAUCAAAACAAAAUGCAAUUUGAAGUAGAGCUCGUUUAACUGGUGGCUGUAUACCUGUACAGUGAAGAAGUCAGCUUUCAUAGCAAAGGGAGGCUUUACUGUGUGCAUGCCCACUGCUUGCUUCCUCCCUCAGGUGUAAUAGAGCCUGCUUAUUGUUGGAGACAAGCCCAGGAGGGGCCAAAGUUGAAUAAAACUUAUUUUAAUGCCUGUUCUAGGGGGACAAAGUGGGACCAGGAAUACUCUCGCUAUUUGGAAUAGCGAGGCUGUUCUGAAAGUUAAGAGGAAAGCUGUACAAACAUUUGGUUCUCAGCAAGCUGGAAUUAUAAAGCAAUCCCUAGAAACAAUUCCUUACUGUGCUUUGAGCUACUCCAGUUUCAAAGUAAUGUAGCUCAAAGCACAGUAAGGAGCUAUUAGUUUGGGACAGCUUUAAAACUCAGCUUGCUGAGAAAAAUGUGUUUGAAGAGGAAACCCAAAUAUUCUUGGUGGAUGUGAUCAUUGAUUGUUUUGUAGUACACGAGAGCAAUUGGCUAAGCAGAGAGUAGUUAAAUUUUAAUUUUCCUAUGCAUUUUACUCCAUGACAAUAGUAAAACAUAAAUUAAAGUUGUUCUGGGAAGAGCAAGUAGAUGUUUUCACUGAAUAGCAUAAGUUCCCAAUGUUGCUUUGUUGAUGGAAAAGGAUUUGUCAGUCUUCAAGAAGAUUGCUGAUCCAUACUUCAGUAAAACCAUAUACUAUGGUCUUCUCACACCUACUGUUACAGCUUCAUCAGCUGAUGUAUCACUAGACAUGCAAGGUAUGUGUUACUUCUCAUUUGGCUAUUUUUACUAUAAUUCUCUGUAGGCAACCUCAGCAACUUUACUUUUCAGAUGUAUUACCAAUUGACCAACUGUUGCAAGUCAUUUGCACUGUACUGUGAUGUUCCUGCUCCUGUUACCUGCUUGUGGGCAGCAUAAAAAUAGCUAGCCAGUUGCUCAUGGGGCUGAACCUUUCACUGAUGAGGAAAUGUACUAUGAAAGUGCUGUAUUAUCCCUUUUACAAUUUACAACAACUGCUGGUGCUGAAGGAGGCUGCUAUCAUAGAAAUGCCGAAUUCAACUGUUGAAGAAUCCCACUUGUCAAAUACCUUUUCCAUCUCAAAUUUUGAUUUUUUUUUUUAAGUUAAAGAAUACUGGAAGAGGUUUGUUACUAAGCAUUUAACUUCCUGUAAAGGCAGAGUAGAAGUGGGCUGGAAUGAAGCAUCAGUGUUUUUUGUCUUGAGAAUAAAAACUAGACAACACUUUUGUAUACUAAUGAUUUUUUAAAUAAAUAACAUUUUACAA